AUGGAGAGCAGCAACAACACCACGGCCUGGCACGAGCUGGACAACUCCACAAGUGGACCCGUCGGUUCCGAGGAGGAGGUGAAGCUGAGUUACCAGGUGCUCACCUCCUUCCUUCUGGGCGCGCUCAUCCUGUGCGCCAUCUUCGGGAACGCGUGCGUGGUGGCGGCCAUCGCGCUGGAGCGGUCCCUGCAGAACGUGGCCAACUACCUGAUCGGGUCUCUGGCGGUCACGGACCUGAUGGUGUCGGUGCUGGUUCUGCCCAUGGCGGCGCUGUACCAGGUGCUGAACCGGUGGACUCUGGGCCAGGUUCCGUGCGACAUCUUCAUCUCCCUGGACAUGGUUUGCUGCACCUCCUCCAUCCUGCACCUGUGCGCCAUCGCCCUGGACCGGUACUGGGCCAUCACCGAACCCAUAGACUACAUGAAGAAGAGGACCCCGAGGAGAGCUGCGGUUCUGAUCAGCGUCACCUGGCUGGUCGGGUUCUCCAUCUCGGUGCCGCCCAUGUUGGUGAUGCGCUCCCAGAACCGUGGAGGCGACGCCGAGGACCCGAAGGAAUGCAGGAUCCGGCAGGACCCCUGGUACACCAUCUACUCCACGUUCGGGGCGUUCUACAUCCCUCUGACCCUCAUGCUGGUUCUGUACGGGCGGAUUUUCAAAGCGGCCCGGUUCCGGAUCAGGAGGACCGUGCGUAAAACGGAGAAGAAGAAGGUGUCGGACUCGUGCCUGGUGCUGUCCCCCGCGCUCUUCCACAGGAAGCCCCCCGGGGAGGCGCAGGGGAAGAGCUGGAAGAGGAGCGUGGAGCCCCGGCCGCUGGAGAACGGAGAGUCCUUGGAGAUCAUCGAAGUCCACAGCAGCUCCAGGGGCCACCUGCCGCUGCCCAACACCCCCCACACCCCCAGCUGUGUCCCGCUGUUCGAGAGCCGGCACGAGAGGGCCACCGAGGCCAAGAGGAAGAUCGCGCUGGCCCGCGAGCGCAAGACGGUGAAGACUCUGGGAAUCAUCAUGGGCACCUUCAUCCUGUGCUGGCUGCCCUUCUUCAUCGUGGCCCUGGUGAUGCCGUUCUGCCAGGGCGCGUGCUUCAUGCCGGCCUGGCUGGAGGAUGUCAUCAACUGGCUGGGCUACUCCAACUCCCUGCUCAACCCCAUCAUCUACGCCUAUUUCAACAAAGACUUCCAGAGCGCGUUCAACAAGAUCAUCAAGUGUCAUUUCUGCAGGGCCUGAAGGUCCACAAAGACCCGAACCUGCCCUGAAGUCCUUCAGAUGGACUCCACACCCCCGGCGGGUCGGCUGCUGUCCACAAUAAGUCUGUGUAGCUAUGCAUAGAGA